UUCCCAGGAUUCUAAGCCGAAUGGCGAAUACGGGGAACUACGAUCUGUCAACAACUUUUCUAUUUUGCAAAUUUAUCGAUGGAACAUGCAAGGAGUAAGACAUUUAACAUCUAAAUGGACAGACCAGGUGAGCUAGAAGUACCACUUGACAGAAUUGUAGAUGAGGUGGUCAGAAUGUAAGACAUGAUGAAGGGAGAUGGCAAAAGAAGUCCCUCACCAUCCAGUGUAGAGGCCAAGAGAGCUCGGAAGACUUCAGAAGAGUCUCUAACUGGUGUCACCGUAGCAAGAACAGGGGGAGGAGACAGGGUCCUUGAAUUGCAAGGUUUAACUGAGGACCCCUUGGUGACAUUAGACAGAAAUAAAAAUUCACCAUUAGAACCUGGUGAAAUUCCCAUAGACAGUGUUGGAAUUCCCUCAAGCCCAACCCCCAAUGGCACCUCAGAUGGUGGUAUUGAGUCCCUCACUUCACCACCAGAUGGCAGUACCUUCAGCAGUAGUGAGAGUUGGGUAAUGUCAGCUGGCUCUCCUCCAGCAGUGAAAAGUGAACCCAAUUGUGACACGAGCCCAGUCGAUUUCUCCGUCGCAGAUUCGCUGGACAACUUAACAGGAUCCAACAGUGAAGUUGGGCUGGACACAACACUAACAUCAUUCUAUAAUAGCAACAGUUCCCCUAGUGCUGCAGUCUCUAGGACAUCAGCUACCAUAGCCUCCGACAUGAACACAGCAUACUCUCAGUUCUCCGGCCUCCAACCGGGCUUCAGUUACCAGCAGCAGGGGGGAUAUCCCCUCAUGUACAACCCUCAGGAUUUGAAGAAACCACAAGUGGGACAGGGUACCACCAGUUUUUAUCCUUCCUCAAGCUACAGUCAGGCCCAGUACAUGUACUCCACACAAGUGCCCUUUCCUAGUGCUAAUCCUGCCAGUAACCCAUCAUCCAAUUCCUCAGCGCAACAGCCUUUGGAAUAUAACUAUCCAGGAUACCCUGGUUAUUUUUAUUCUGGAGUCCCAACCAAUUCCACAGUGGUACCACCCACCACACAGACCUACCAGUUAGUGGAUGUGCCACACACUGCAACUGGGAAUCAGCAAUCUGAUGUCACUUCCUGUCUUGUGGGAAGUGGACAUAUAAGUCCAAAAGUAGCCCCCCAGGCUGAGACGUUCCCUAGCAUAAAUCCCUCACCCUCACCCCCUGGUAUGAGAGACAGCACAUCCUCUAAACGCAGCAAUCGCAAUAGAAGCACAGCAAGUCGAAGUGGCCGAACGACAGCUUCCCCGGGACCAGAGUCAGAUUUAGAACGUGUGUUUGUGUGGGAUUUAGAUGAGACUAUCAUCAUAUUUCAUUCACUGCUCACAGGAACAUAUGCACAAAGAUAUGGAAAGGAAUAUCAUUCCUCUGUGUCACUAGGGGUGCGAAUGGAGGAAAUGAUCUUCAACCUGGCCGAUUCUCAUCUAUUUUUCAAUGAUUUAGAGGAGUGUGAUCAAGUCCACAUAGACGAUGUCUCAUCUGACGACAAUGGCCAAGAUUUAGGCUCAUACAACUAUGCCACUGAUGGCUUCAAAGCAGCGACUUCCAAUGCCAAUCUGUGCUUAGCAACAGGUGUGAAAGGGGGUGCUGAUUGGAUGAGAAAAUUGGCUUUUCGAUAUCGUCGCAUCAAGGAAAUAGUUAAUGGCUACAGAAAUAACGUAGGAGGUUUGAUAGGACCCCAGAAACGAGACCAAUGGCUGCAACUGCGGCAAGAAAUCGAGUCUGUGACAGACAACUGGUUAACUCUAGCCCUGAAGUCCUUACAAAUCAUCAAUUCCAGGCCCAACUGUGUUAAUGUUCUGGUGACCACCACUCAACUGGUCCCUGCUUUAGCCAAGGUUCUGCUGUAUGGACUUGGAGGAGUCUUCUCUAUAGAGAAUGUUUAUAGUGCCACUAAAAUUGGUAAAGAUAGCUGUUUUGACCGGAUUGUCGCCAGGUUUGGGAGGAAGUGUACCUAUGUUGUUGUUGGUGAUGGAAGAGACGAGGAACAAGCAGCAAAACAAUUAAACUGGCCAUUUUGGAGAGUUUGUAACCAUUCCGAUUUAGUUGCCUUACAUCAUGCGUUGGAUUUAAACUACCUCUAGUGAUCGUUUUCCACUCCUCUGAACUCACAGUGUAAUGGCUGGAAGUGAUGGAUGGAGAACAAAGUCCAGAAAAGCUUGCUGUUUCUGAGAGUGAAUGGAUGUCAGUGUUUAAGAAAAUAUUAUGAGGAAGGUGUUUGCAUUGAAAGUCCUCCAUCAGAACAAAAAAAACUUUUAGUGGUGCAAUAUUAGGUGGGGGACACUCAAGAGAGAGAAGUGCCAUGUACUGCUUUACGCUGCCAUAUGCAUAAUACCUUUAUUAACUUCAAUAUUGUGUUGUUUUUAUUUUUCAAACAUUCAGAGGACAGCCAUAUCCAUGAUGGGGUCUAAGUUUAUCAUGUUAGAUGUUGUGAUAGUAAAAAAAAACGAUGAUAAUGGUGAACAUUCACUCAUGAAUGACAAGACUGUUAUCACAAGGCUAUGGUUAAAGCAAUUCUUUUACAUCCUGUGGAUGACCUUUGACCCUUUAAGUUGUGACCCUGAAUGUUGAGAUCAUGUGACUGUGAGAAUCUGUCCACACAGAAUUUGUUAACCAUCUUAUUUCAUUGUAUAUGUAUUGUUUUAUUGAACCCAUUUGUAUAUAGCUGCAUAUAUAAGAAGUAUAAGAAAAAAACCUGUGUAUAUUGAAAGAUAUACACCUCUAUAUCUAUAAUAUAUAUAACAUUGCUGAAUGCUGUUCUCAGCUCUGGUGCUGAACAGAAAGUCAGCAGACAAUUUUUAUUUGUGUUAGUUUCACACAUCUCCAGACGAUCAGAUUAAUUUUGUUCUCUUCCGUUUUUGAAGGACAUUUCUACUGUUGCUAAAUGUGCAGUGAAAAAACAAGGUUGCUGCUAACUUCAUAAAAACACCUGUAUUGAUUUAAUUGUGAAAAAGAAAGCAGCUACUUUUCAUAAUGCCCAUUAAACCAGAUUUGUAUGUGCCAAGUAUUAUUUAUGAGAGUCAGUAGAAAGCUGAAGGACUUAGAAUUAUAAGUCAGGGUGGUGCUAAUACCCAAAAUGAUCACCAGAAAACAGGAGAUCUAGUGAUGCUAGUUUUUCAGCCGAAAUAAUCAAGUGUUAAACCAAAGAAAAAGCACCAAUCAAAAGGAAGACGAAGCCACUGUAUGAUUUUAAAUGAUUUACAAGUAUUAACAUAUCAUAUUAAUGGUUUGUGUAUUCAUUGCGAGAGACAAUCCUUCAUUCUCAAUCAUACAUUUCGUAGCUCACAUACUGUAUUUAAUUUAAAGUUAUUUCAGUUUAUAUCUCAAGAACUCUUAAAGGUACUUUUGAGACCAGAAACAGAAAAAAAAUUACCCUUUUCUAAGCCUGUUCAAUUUUUUUCUUUUUUUGAUGUCUAUAGUAAAUGUCAGUUGAUGCCUGGUUGUGAUGUGAGAAUACAAUCAAAACAUUUUGUUGUUGUUAAGAGUUUAUAUCCUUUUCUUGGCAGUAUUUUAUUAGCCAAUCAAAGUAUUUCCUUUUAGAAAACAGAACAUUUUUUUUUAUUUUUAUUGUUCUCCUUUUUGACCCCCUCCCCCCUUUUAUCUUCAGAUUUUUAUCAUUUUAGGGGGAUUUUUUUGGUUAAUUUAGAAAAUGAAUUUUAAAAUGUUUAAAACUGGUGUACAUAUACAGAUUAAAAGUUUUUAUUUUUUGAUAUGAUAUUUCUUCAGCUUAAAUUUAUGGAACCCAAAGAGUCUUUUUCUUUCCUAGGGUUAGUAAUAUUUGGUAUGCACAGUUCAGACAAUGUUUUCCCCCUAAUUUUUCAAUGUUCAACCAUUUUCUUUAAAUUGUAAUACAUGUUUUAUAAUUCUGGACUUAAACUAAAGAGGUUGUACAUCCGUCGUCCAUUCAUCCAACAGUUAUCUAUGUACAAAUAAAUCCAUUUUGUGUGUCAUGUGAUUUGUCAUAUUUCUUUGUACGGUUCAGCUUAACCAAAGAUUUUGUACUUUGCUGUAAAUCUGGUAUGUCCACUGGCAGCUUUUUGCUCCAGUGAUUUUUCCCCCAUAUCUUCAUUAUUAUAUAUAAUUAUGGUUCAGUCCAGUUUUGUGAGACAGGUUGUAUGUUAUAAUGAAACAAAUGCAUGAGGAGAAUAAGCAAUAAAAAUGUAUGAAAACAAA